UAUUAGGUCCGAGUCUCUUUGAAUUUUAUGAAGCGGUUGUAUCUUGGUGGUGCCUCCACAGCCAAGUCAUCCGCCAACCAGCAACAUCAGACAACAGCCAACAGCAACCAGCUAACAGCAACAUCAGCUACUAACAGCAACCAGCAACAUUAGAACCCUCGUGUUGUCAUCGUCAGCAGCACAGCUUCAACUCAAAAUUGUCAAAUUCGACGACAGUUUUCAGAAUUCACGAAGCUAACGAACUAUAUUGACACAGUGGAUUAUUAAAAAAAAAAAACAUAAUAAAAAAUAUAAAAAUACUAAACGUGAUUAAUAAAUUCAACAGCAAGUUGAAAAAACUAAUCAAAUCAGUGCGCGAAAUGUUUAACAGCAUUUAAAAGGAAUAAAAGGAUUAAAAAUAAGAAAACUGUGCAAAGUGCAAAACGAAACUAAAAAGCAAUAUUUAAAAAUAUUAAAACAAAAAUUAACAAAAAAACUGCAGACAAAAGUGGCAAAGUGUUGAACAAGAAUUUAUUCUGUUCAAAAAACAAAUUGUGCUGUUUCUUGAGUGAUAAAGUUACACACACAAGCAAAGCCAUGACAAGAAAACGUUCGAGUCCGCUGGGACUCGAGGAGCUGGUGUGUUGGUCUGGUUUGGCCAUGCUGCUGAUGCUGCCAGCGUUAACGCAAGCCGCUCCAUUGCAGGAAUACACAGAAGUCCAACAAUAUCCGGAAGGCUGCUAUUACAACUAUGCCCAUUACAAUGAGGGUGACCGCAUCAUGACCAAUGAGCCAUGCCUCAACUGCACCUGCCACAACCGCAUGCUCAUGUGCUAUCUGCGUGUCUGCCCCUUCACCAAGCCCAUUGGUCACGAUUGCAUUGUGGAGAAGCGCGAGGAUCAGUGCUGUCCCAUCAUUACCUGCCCAGAGGUGCCUGUGGAUGUGCCCUAUCACACCCCCGAGCCCGGCACUGAGCUGAGCAUACCCGAGAAGUUUGGCUGCAGCAUUGAGGAGAAAUUCUACCCGGAAGGCGCCCAGGUGCCAUCGAACCCCAACAAACCCUGCGAACUCUGCUACUGCAUCAACAACCAGACCAAGUGCGUCAUGCAGGAGUGCACACUCCACGUCGAUGGCUGCACACCCAUCUACAACAAGGGCUCCUGCUGUCCCGUCCGCUACAGUUGCGACCAUGAGAAUGAUGUUCUGGAGCUGGAGGAUCUGUCCACAACAACGACAACGGUGCGUCCUACACCUGGCUUUAUUCUGCCCACAACCAUGACUCCACCUGUCUCCACGGACUGCGUACACAACGGCGAGGUUUACGCUGAUGGUGCCUCACUGUCGGGCAAGAAUGCCUGCGAACACUGCUACUGCAUGCGUGGAGACAUUGUGUGUGCCGUCCAAGAGUGCGAGAUGCCAAUGAGCACGGCCAGCGGCAAGAUCUGUCAUGCCAUGCCUGCUGCCGAGGGCGAAUGCUGCCCCAGCAACUACAUCUGCGAGGAUGACAGCGCUACCACUGAAAUUGUUGAGAUUACCAGCACACCCGAGACUAUCACCACUGCUGCGCCAGUCAAGGACAUCCAUGGUGAGAUUCCCAAGGAAGAUGUUGAUUUGCAAGAGCACAUUGAUGACGAGGAGAAGGACAAGGAUACCGAAACCGAAACCGAAACCGAGAGUCCAGCUGAGGAAGCAGGCAGUGGCGAAAUUGAUCAUGUCAUUACCACAGUUGCUCCAGAGCAAGAGGACAAGGACAAAACCAAGGACAAGGAACCUGAGGCCUCUACUAUUGCUACUGAUUCUCGUAUCGAUACUCCAGUUGAGGGAUCCACACCUACAUCUGAGGAGGAAGGCAGCGGCGAAGAAAUCACAGCCAAACCCAUUGUGCCAAUUAAGGAAGAAAGUGACGAAGAAAUCAAGGUUACACCCGAGGAAGGAAGUGGUGAGGAAGAGGAAGCUGAACCUACAACCGAAACCGCGAAAGAAGAUGUUUCCACACCCACUUCACCAGUAUCUACUGAAACAUCUGAGGAAGGCAGUGAGAAACCAACAGCUGCCACACCAGUCGAAGGCGAUGAAGAGGAUAUUGUCAAGGACACAACUCCAGCCAGCGCUGAGGAAGACAUCAUCAAGACUACCACUCCAUCCAAGGAAAUCACUAAGGAAGACGAAACCAUCAAGACAACUACUCCCUCAGCGGAAGUCAGCGAAGAAGAUGAUCAUAUUAAGGCCACGACACCAGCCAAGGAAGUCAGCGAUGAUGAAGACACCAUCAGCGCCACAACACCUGCCGGAGAAGAAAUCGAAGAACACGAUACCGCUAAGCCUACUAUUGAAGAUCUCAUUAAGGAGGAGGAGGAUGCUGCUAAGGCUACAACUCCUGCAGGAGAAGUUAGCGCAGAUGAAAUCGAAAAGGAAACCACCCCGGCUAAGGAAACCUCCGAUGAGCCAGAGAUCGUUAAGGCGACAACACCAGCUAGCCAAGUUACCGAAGAAGAGGUCGUCAAGACAACCACUCCUGCUGGAGAAGUCAGCGUGGAGGAUGAUACUGUUAAGACUACAACUCCUGCCGGACAAGUUAGCGAGGAAGACAAAUUCGUUAAGGAGACAACUCCAUCGAAGGAAGACGGCGAAGAUGAAAUCGUCGAGGCUACAACACCCUCCGAGGAAAUCAGCGAAAAGGACGAUACUAUUAAGGCUACAACCCCUGCCGGACAACUCAGCGAAGAUGAGAUCGCCAAGGAAACAACUCCCUCCAAGGAAGGCAUCGAAGAUGAAAUCAUCGAGGCUACAACACCCUCUGAGGAAAUCAGCGAAAAGUAUGAUAUUGUUAAGGCUACAACUCCUGCCGGACAAGGCAGCGAAGAUGAGAUUGAAAAGGAAACAACUCCCUCUAAGGAAAUCAGCGGAGAUGAAAUCUUCAAGGCUACAACUCCCUCUAAGGAAGUCAGCGACGGUGAAAUCUUUGAGGCUACAACACCUUCCAAGGAAGUCAGCGUGGAAGAGGACAAGGCAACAACUCCAGCCGGUCAAGAAAGUGACCAAGAUGAUAUCAUCAAGGCGACUACCGCCGCCGAGGAACUCAGCGAUGAUGAUAUUAUCAAGACGACAACCCCUGCUAAGGCAACCUCCGAUGAGGAAGAUAUCGCCGAGGCAACCACACCCUCAAAGGAAGCCAUCGAAGAUGAGAUCAAGACUUCAACUCCCGCUGGACACGUCAGCGAAGGUGAUGAAAUCGUCGCAGCUACGACUCCUGAAGGACAAGUCACCGAGGCAGAAGGUGAAAUCAUUAAGGCGACAACUCCCUCCAAGGAGAUCUCCAGUGAUGAAGAGAUUGUCAAGGAAACAACACCCGCCAAGGAAGAAGAAGAAUUCGCCAAGGGUACAACUCCUGCUGGAGAACAGCCCAUUGAACAAGGAACUGACAAGACGCCCACAUCGGGUGAAGAAUCUAUUGAAGCCACAACUACCGUCACGGAUAUUGUUAAGCCAGAAGAAGUUUCUACCGAUGAGAAAGAAAUCAUUCCAAUUGAGCAGGAGGAUAUUGCCAAGGCUACAACUCCUGCUAAAGAAGCUGAUGGUGAGAUUAUUAAGGCUACCACACCUAAAGCUGUGGAGGAUAAGACUGAAGCGGAUGAGAUCUCUACUGAAAAGGAUGAAGAAGAAGAAGAUGUGUACACUACAUCGCCGAAACCACAGCUACCUUCAUCAACUGAAGGCAUCAGCGAUGAGGUUAGUUCCGAUGAAAAGAAACCUACUGAAGAAGAACCAACUGAAGAAGAAGAAGCCAAGCCUGCAGAGGAAGCCACCACAGUCAGCUCAGAAUAUCCUGUCGAGAAGGAAGAGAAACCCACAACCGUGCCAUCCGUCGAGAAGGAGAGUGACAAGAAGGAGUCUGUUGAAGAUAAAACCGAGGAGCCCAAGAAGGAUGAAGAGGAGCCCACAACCGAGGAGAGUGAUGAGAAGGAAUCUGUUGAAGAUAAAACCGAGGAGCCCAAGAAGGAUGAAGAGGAGCCCACAACCGAUAAGGCUACUACACCCGAAAAGACUGAUGAAGAUUCGACCGAAAAGGAUACUGAAAAAGAGAUUGCCUCUUCCACCAUCGUUCCAGUUGAAGCCAAGCCAACUACAGCAGCUGAAGACACCGAUAAGGAAGGAGAGCCAACGACACAAGUUCCUGUCAAGUCUGAUGUUGUUCCUGCUGACAUUGAGUCUGAUCAAAGCACUGAGCAGCCCGAAACAAGCGAGGAGUCGGCAACUGAUAAGCCAUCAGGCGUAUACUUGCCACCUUCAGGAGAAAAGGAUGAAGCUAGUACCGAAGUCGUUGAAACAACUGCCGAAAGUGUCACAGAGAAGGAAUCCGUUAAGCCAUCCGAAGAGGGUAAACCUGAGAAACCAGAUGAUGAUAGCCGUACUGAUAUCGACCUUGCUACCGAGAAACCAGCCGAGGAAGACACAACAUCCGCCGCAUUACCUGAUAUGCAUCUACCAUCUGUUAUUCCCGGAGAGGGCGAUUGCUUGGUGGAGGGCAAGACUUAUGCCAACAACACCGAAGUACCCGCAACCACACCCUGUGAUGUAUCCUGUACAUGCAUCAGCAGUAUUGUCUCCUGUAAGACGGUGGAUUGCAAGAUUCCCGAGGAUACCGAGAAGUGUGUGCUGGCUACCGAUCUAUUGGAUGGUUGCUGUCCAACUUAUAUUUGCGAGCCUGAGUCCUCUACUACCAAGGUCGAUGAGACUACUGAAGAGAAAUACACAACUGUUAAACCUUCUCUCGAUGAGGAAGUGGAGUCUACUAGUACUGAAGAAAUACCAAAGGAUGUCAUUAUGCCUUCUGGCAUUACUGAGCCACCACUAUCUCAUGUCAAGCCCGAAGAAGAUAUUGCUGUAACCACUUACACGCCUUCGGUAGAGAAGUCCACAACCGCCAAGCCAGUUUCCGAAGAAGAGAAGGAAGAGGAUAUUGUAUCCCCAACGGCUGCACCUGAGAUCAAGAAGGAACAUAAGCCUAUCGAGCAUAAGCCACAACCUGAGGAAGAAGAACACAAACCAGUCGAGGAAGAACAUAAACCAGUCGAGGAAGAACAUAAGCCAGUCGAGGAAGAGCAUAAACCAAUUGAAGAAGAUCUUAAACCCGUCGAAGACCAUAAACCAAUCGAAGAUGAUUUCGUCUCCUCAACACCGACACCAAUUGACGAAACCAAGAAGCAGCCUACUGAAGAGGAAGUCACUACACCUGCAGCUGUUUCCGAUGAUACUCAAAAAGAGAUUGAAGAUUCUUCAGCCGCCACGACCUUCGCUCCAAUCUCUAAGGAUGAAGAGAAGCCAGAAGAAGAAAAACCAACCGAGGAGGAGAAACCAACCGAGGAAGAAAAACCAACUGAGCAAGACAAGACUGAAGCCCCUGAAACCGAAGUUGACGAAAAGAUUACACCAACUACUGUUAAGCCAACAGAAGAAGAGUCAUCUUCGGAGUCCGCUGAGAAAGAGAUCUCAUCCACAGAAGCAGCUGUCGACGACAAGAAGCCAACCGACGAAGGUGAAAAGAUUCCAGCCACAUCAACACCAGCCCCAUCUGAAGCCGAUAUUGAGGAUAAACUUACAACAGUGCUUCCAUCUAUUGAUGCUGCUAAGCCUGCUGAUGAGAAGCCUACUGAUGAACAAGUGCCAACUGAGGAUAGCAGCGCUGCCGUUACCACUCGCCCAGAAUCCGAGGAAGACACAGACGACAAGAAACUGGCAGAAGAAAUUCCAGUACCAACUACAGCUUCUCCAGUCAAGGCUGAUGAGGAUAAGACGAAGCCAGAGGAUCAGGAAACUAGUACCGAGGCUGAUAAGGAAACCAGCACUGAGGCUGAUACCGAGAAGGAACCCACGAAAGAGACUGUUACGUCUACCAAGGCACCAGUGGUUGAAGAAGAAAAAGAAACAGUUGAGGGUGUUUCCACAUCUACUCCUGGCGUCAGCAAGGACGAAGAGGAAGCUACUGCUGCACCUGUGUCUGAGGAAGUUGAAGACUCUAGCACCGAAAAGUCUUCACUUGAGGAAACGGAAGAGAAGGAGGCUACAACUACUGCUCCAGCCACCGAAGAAGAGCCAACUAAGGUUACCAAGCUUCCCGAAGACGUUCACGAUGAAUUGUCGACCACAACCCCAGCACCUACAGUCCAAGAAGGCACCAAGAAACCCGCUGAUGAUGAAACUGCAACUGCUGGUCCAGUCGAUGUUGGCAUUGAAACUGAAUCCGAACCCACAGCUACAGUUGCUCCCACUGCCGAGACUGAUAAGGAAUCUACAGCCGCACCAGUAUCUGAGGAUGAAGAGGAUAAACUUGCUCCUACCACUGUUAGUCCUGCUCAUGAUGAAGCUGCAACACCACCAGCAGAGAAGAUUGAUGAGAAACCAGUUGUGCCCGACUCCAGUGUUACUGAGAAACCCGUCGAUGAAGCUGCUUCUGUUGAACCCUCUUCCACCGAAGCUGGCAUUGAAAAGGAGACUGAACUUCCUUCGAUCUCAACAACACCAGCAGCUGUCGAAAAGAUUGAUGAAGAAGAAACUGCUACCGCUGCUGUUCCUGUUGAGGAGGAAGGUGUUUCUUCCACCGAGAAGUCGAAGCCUGAAGAACCCACUUCUGAGGUACAAGAGCCAGCAACACCCAAACCACAGGACUCUAAGAUUGCUACUACCAUUGCUCCAAUUGUACCUGCCAAGGACGAAGAAGUUUCUUCAACCUCUGCACCAGUCAUCGAGGAAGAUAAGGAAACUCCAGAGGAUAAGAUUGAUAUUACUACUGCUGCUGCUCCAGUUUCUGAAGAAGAGAAACCAGUUGAGGAGGCGAAACCAGUUCAUGUGGAUGAUUCAGUUCAGCCCACCGAUGCUCCAGCAUUGGAAGAGGAGUCCACAGAAUCUGAGGAAGAACUGGAAGACAAACUGCCCGCAACUACUGUCAAAACUCCAACAGACAAGGUCACCGAAUCAUCGACCGCAAUUCCUGCUGAAGACGAAGCUGACAAAAUCACCACAGUUGCACCUUCUGCUGAAGAGCCCUCAGCCAAGCCGACUGAUGAGAAGACCCCGGUCUCAUCUGAUGAGGAGAGCACUGAGGAAACUCAGCCUGCGACCACCGCUGUCCCAGUGGCUACAGAGGACAAGAAGGAACCACCAUUGCCUACGAAAGCGCCAAUCUCCGAUUCGGAAGAGAAACCUGCAUCAUCUGAGAACGAAAUCACAUCGGCUGAAUCGACAGAGGCACCAUCUUCAGAAGAGGAGUCGGAGGUGCAAUCCACCGCUGCUCCUAGUCACGAGAAGCCUAUCCAGGAGGAUGAAGAUAAGGCUGAUGCCACAACAGUUGCACCUCUCGAAGAAGAGCCUGGCAAGGAACCAACUGAAGUUGAAGCUAAACCUGAGGAAGGUAUUGUCUCAACCACAGAUGCGCAACCAACAGAAAGCGGCAAGCCGGCUGAGAAGGAGCCCUCAACUACCUCUGCUCCAUCAAAGGAUGAAGUUGAACCAACAACCGAGCAACCUUCCGCUGAAGAAGAAAAAGAAGAAGAGUCUACUGAUGAGAAAAUACCUACUACUGUCGCACCAUCUGAAGAGGAAGCUCAGCAGCCCACAUCAACUGCUGCUACUCCCGCUAAGGCUGAUGCCACUACUCCAGCUGAUGAGGAUAAGAUCGAUGUCACCACAUCUCCUGCGCCAGUCCAUGAUGACGAUACAGAGGAAGGCACAGCCCGACCAAUUGGCGACAAGACAGAUGAGUCCAAGGAGCCAAGUGCAGCCGAGCCAACUAUUGAAGAUGGCCUUGCAACAACACCUGAAUCCGAGGAAGAUAAGGAAGAAGCACCUCUUCCGACCACAGCCAAAACUCCCAUUGCCAUUGACACUACUAUUGCCCCAGUUCAUGUGCCUGCUGUCGAGGAUGUUGACAAGAAGCCUCUGGAAGAUGUACUGUCGCAAACGAUUGCUCCAGAAACCGAGGAAGGCGAAACUGCUACAACUUCUGCUGAAGAUGCUGAGAAGACUCCUGUUACCGUUGCUCCUGUUGCUCAUGACAUUGAAGCAAUCAGCGAAGUUACCGCAAAACCAGCUGCCACAGAAGAUGUGGGCGAGGAAACCACUAAGCCAAGUGAAGUCGAGCAAGAGGAAGAGACCACUGAUCAAACUACUGGUGCCAAACUGAAGCCAACAACGGAUGAGACAACCACCAAGACAACCGACGUGGAGGCCACAGAAUCACCUGCUCACGAAGAAGACAGUGAAGUGCAUACUGUUAAGCCAGUUAAGGCCAGCUUGGAUUCCUCUGAGGAGGGUGACGUAUCCCAAGAGUCGGAGGAAGAACACACUCCUGCUACCCCAGCCAAACCAACCACGGACGAGGAUGGAUCCAUUGAAUCCGAGGAAGAAGUUACUGAAGCUGCACCCAAGAAACCAGAACAUGACGAGACCACUGCAGCUGCUGUCGAUGCCCAACCACCACAGACCACAGCUGCCUCAGCUGCUGCCUCUGAGGAGCCAUCGACCGAGAGCACUAGCGAUGAAACUGCCACCAAGCAGCCUGAAACUGAUAGCGUGAUCACAAUGCAUCCACUGUUUGCCCAGCAUCUGACCAGCACCACAAAGGCGCCAAGCGUUGACGAUCGUCUCGGCGUUGACACUGAAACUGAAGCCGCACCAACUAAGCAGAGCACCGAAACCACAACAACAGAGUCACCACUGACCACGGAAGCGUCAUCCACAGCAGCACAUGCACCAAUUACACCGCCUUCGUAUGGCCAGCCGCCAUCGUACGAGCAUGCGUACGACAACGACGACUACGACGAAGAGGAAGUCUUUGGACCCGGCACCUGUCGCUAUGCUGGCAAGAUCUAUGUGUCUGCUCAGCAAAUUCCACGCGACGAUCCUUGCGAUUUCUGCUUCUGCUUCAGAAGCGACAUCAUCUGUUUGCAACAAUCUUGCCCGCCACCAAUUUCUGGUUGUCACGAGGAGCCCAUUUCUGGCUUCUGUUGUCCACGUUACGAGUGUCCCGUCUCAAUGGCCGCUGUGCUUAACAUUACGACAAGCACAACAACCACAAGCACCACACUGCCACCACAUUUCCUCAACUACUCACAUGGCGAUGCCGUGCAACACACUGGCUGCCUCAUCAAUGGUCGCUCCUAUAAGGUGGGCGAACGCAUCGAAUCAACGAGCGGUCCCUGCAUGAGCUGCACUUGCGGCGGCGAUGGCAACAUGAAGUGCGAUCCACAGCAAUGCAGGCCCGAGCCAACGAUGCAGGAAUUGUUGGCCACCGUUGCGGCUCACCGCAAGAGAUGAACCACCAGCCAUGCACACUAAAUAUAAUUUUAACUAAUUUUUAAGCACUGCAAACAAACAAUCACAUCAGAAAAAGGAACAGAAACAGACAGAAACAGCCCAAAUUGCACCCACAGAGCUGCAUUACUCACGUUUUUAUCUGAAGGAACAAGAAGAAAUAGACUCCGAAAAUAGAAACAGUAUCAGAAUCAGUAAUAGAAAUAGACACACACACAUACAAUAAUAUAUUUACUAAGGUGCCAAAAACUGGUGAAACAUAAUGAACAACAACAACCCACUUGAUUAGAUCCGAUUAAGAAUAGUUCGAAAUGAUUAACUUUGUCAUGCACUUUUUUUCAAUUUUGAAUUCCAAUUUGUUUCGGAUUAGGUUACGUGACGAAGCAACCAGUGAUAUUGUACUGUAUACAUAGUAUAGGUGCAAUUAAUUUAGAACGCGCUCACUAAAAAAAAAAAAAUCAAUUAUGAACUUUAAUUUGUAUUCGAUAUCCCCGAUCAGCUUACCAUAAUCAAACUUAAAGUCGUGCCUUGUAAAGUUGUUUCUUGUGAGUCGCCCCCCAUAUAAAAUGCAAUCGCUAUUCAGGAGACUCAAACCUAACCCAAAACAUUUUAUUUGCCAGAUUCGCAAUUAAUAAUUUUACGACGCCACAAAAUGUUUUGUUUAUGGAGCAAGCAAAGAAAAAAACAAAAAAAAAUACGUUUCUUUAUGUUUGUUUUAAUAGCAAUACUUUUCUUCAAUGCGCUUUUAUAGUAUUUUAGUCACUUUAUAUUUUAAACAUUAUUAUUUUUUUGUGUAUAAUUGUUGCUUCUAGUCUUCUUUUGUUGUAAGAGCAACGAAAUCCGCCUGAACACACAAGCGCACAACGAGAUCAAAUCAGAUCAGAUGAGAUCCGUUGAAUUGAAUUGAGUUGAGAUAAUUAAAAUAUCUUCUAUAAACUUUUCCAAGCUUUUAUACUUUUAUAUACAAUAUGUGUAAAAUGAAGAACCGAACGAAACUAGUUUUUAUAGCAAUUUUACAAAACGAACCACGAAUUGCAUAGUUUUUAAUGGAUUGAAUUUAACGUUUACGUCAUUUGCACGCACAAAUCCAUCUGUGGUAGUAAUGAACAAGUAAUUUAACUAAAUUAAAAAGUGUUUUUUUAGGUCAACUGAUGACGGAAACUAAACUUUGCAAAUCGAAUCUAGUAAUUCUAGGCUAUUGUUAUUGCUCGACUGAUUGAAAUGUGAUCAGCAACAAUAGAUAUGAUAUGAUAUGAUAUGAUAUGAUAUAUGGCGUAGACGAUAAUUUUGUAAACUAAUUUUUAAUAAUAUCAGCGAGUCGCAAAUGGUAUUAAUAUAUUAAAUCAUAUAUAAGUACUAAAUGUAACAAUCAAUAUGAUAUCAGUAAAUUUCAAUCGCUUGAGCAUUAGAAAUAUGCCGAAAAUUCGAUGCGUAAAAACAACACACAAUAAAUAUGAACAACAAUUAGAUUUAUAUAAUCUCUAAAUAUAGUUACAGUUUUUAAGUAUUUAACUAUAAAAAUAAAUAAAUAAAUUUUAAUGUAGAACUUAUUUAUUUUAUAUGUCUUUUAAGAACAGCUCUUGUGUUUCCAUAAUUAUCGUAAUUUAUAUGCAAGCUUUCUUUGUAAUCUUAUA